AUGGAGUUGUUACUCAUCUUAUCUUUUCUUGUUGGUGUCUGGAUGAACUGGUCAUUUGCUGUUUGCAGUAAGCCUAAGUGGAACGACCUUUACGCCUUAAGAAAUCUCGUUGGCUUUCAGUUGACUGCAGACUUGUGCAACAUUUUGACGCAUCUGUUAUUGCUGCUUCCUUGGCCUUUGUGGGGAUAUAUUAUCAACCCUGGAAACUACUUAUGGACGGUAAAUCCUCUUAUCUGCAGACUAUUCAUGGUUGUGGAAGAAACAAUUUCUAUUUCCUGUGCAGCCAAUGCAACCUGUAUUUUUUGGACAAAUGUUGAGAACCAUGAUUUAAAGCAGGAGAGGAAACGAAAGAUAGCCUCGUGCAUGGUGUUGGUGACUUUGUUGCUGGGUGGCCUGUUUGCAGUUGUUUACACUGAACUCAUUCCUUUGCUUAAUUAUAGAGACAUGAACGUUUCAAACUGUCCUUUGCAUCCUCUUUCAAUUCUUGGCGAUCAGAAAGAGCUUAAAUACGUCUUUGUUGGAUAUGUGGGAUGUUCAACUAUUAUAUUUUGGAGCACAGAUGAUAAAAGUAAGUCCCAUUUCACAGAGGAAAAACCAAACAACAGUGUCCAUGCUCUUGUCAAGGUUUUGUUCAUAGUGUGCUACUACUCCACAAUCUUUGCUCUUGUGUUUGCCAUUAUUUGCAUACCAAUCAAUUUUCUGGGAGGUUCAUUAUACAGUGUUACAUUUAACAAAGUUAAACUACGUUUUGAUAUCAUCAUAUUGGCAGUAAGCAUCAUUCUCCCAGCAUUGUUGGCACACAUCCAUGCUUCUGAAAAUACUGGCAAUAAAGGCUACUCUAUGGAACUAUCUCAUACAGAGAGAAUGCCAGGCCUUGAGCAAAGACACAUUAAAAUAGGAAUGAAUAAUAAUGGUAAAAAAACUUAA